AUGUCGUGGAAACGCAACAACGCACAAGCGCUAGCACCGCCCAAUGCAACAGCCAAACCUGCUGGUGGGUCGAGGAAGCAACCGAGUAACCUGAAGAGGAAGCCAAGGUUCAAUUCUGCCGUGUAUGCGCCUGGCGCGACAGCUGUCGAUGACAUCACGUCGACGGUGUGGCGAACUCACGACCCCAGCACUGAUCCGUUUGCAGCGGCGGCGUGGGACCACAGGUCAGUGUCAUCUUCGUCGUCGCCAAUGCGUGCUUCCACCAAAGGGCGAAAGAGCACGACGUCCACGCGGUCUAUUGGGACGCAGACGACAUUGCAUUCCCCAGCCGGCAAUGCAAUCGCGUUGCCUUCAACCGCAGCAGCAGUACAUGCCGCCACCGACGAUACAAGUGAUUGGCGCCAUGCUUUGAACGAUGUUGAUAUGAUGCCAGCCGAAACAGUCGAUUAUCUGCUGCAAAUCUUGACCGAUCGCAAGCUUGCAUUGCAGCGUCUAUCUACGCAUGAGCGAGUCGUCCCCGCCAUCGAGAACACCAGCUCGAUGGAUAUUCCAUCCCCACCAGGCCACGUUGAGCCUCCACUACCUCCUCUUCCCCCUCCCCGCCUCAAGGAUGCGUCGCCGUCUGUUGUCCACGUCGUCACAAGUACCCACAGCCUCAUCCAUGACGACGACGACAUGACAGAGGACGACAUGACGGCAAUCACACCAAGGCGGAGCCGGUCGUACGAAGCGUUGGUGCAGUUGGAAGCGAUUUUGGAAACGCGGCAUCGGCAGCUCAUGGCCAAUGGCGUGCUGGACGAUGUCCGUGACAACACGUCGUCACCCCUCGUCAUGACAGACAUCCAGAGCGAACUGUAUCGCAUCCAACACGAACCGCCUUUGCGACCCCAACGGAGUCAAGGGGACCAAACGACCCCACGUGCCCUCGACUUGAUCGAGUCUGACGGGUGGACAUUCGAUCCAAAGCACGAAUUCGACGACUUUCCAGGCACUAAAACUAAGUGACACCACGUACACGCA